AUGGACGAGAAUGACGCGACUCCGAAUAGCUUACAGCACGGCUCUAUCCUCGACAUAUCUCUCCCAGAAGGCUACUCCGCUGACCCAGAAGUGAGCUUAUCGUUGCAGCCCUCAGUAAACACGAGUGGUGGACGUGUGGAAGAAACCCCAGUUGAUCAUGCCAGAACCGGCGACAUCACCGAAUCGUCAUCAACCAACCACGGUGACUUGUCGGUAGAGACCCUCGAAUCGUCUCUGAAACUACAAGGUGGAGAUAUACACCGCGACAUUUUUAAGAUUAAAGCCCAGGCGAACUCACUGCGGCGAGCUGCGACAUUCUCACAUCAGCCGUCGCCUGGCUUGAGCCCGGCUGACGAACAUGCACAUCAUGGCAGGCACCGUCGGAGAUUCAGUGGCACUCUCAUCCUUGCGAAGAAUUUUGUCGAAUUCUUGGACCUAUAUGGCAGCUUUGCCGGCGAAGAUCUAGAAGACGAGGACACAUCGGAGGACGACGAGUCUGCGAUUGACGACCAUGACAUAGACGAGCCAAACGAACGCCGACCACUCAUUAUUACCCGACCAGCUGCAUUCAGACGACGCAGGAGCUCCAGGCGGCUGGCACGCGAAGGUGACGCUAGCACCGUCAAGACAUUCUUCACCCUUCUCAAAGCCUUCAUUGGGACCGGCAUUAUGUUUCUUCCCAAAGCAUUUCGUAAUGGCGGUAUUCUCUUCUCGUCCUUGACGCUGGUGGUUGUUUCACUGAUCAACUGCCUGUGCUUUCGCCUCCUGCUUGACUGUCGGCACAGAUAUGGCGGCGGCUAUGGCGAACUGGGAGUGUCCAUUGUUGGUCCCAAGUUCCGCAAUCUAAUUCUCGGCUCGAUUGCGUUAUCUCAGCUUGGAUUUGUCUGUACCGGACUGAUCUUUACUGCAGAAAACCUAUAUUCGUUCCUGAAUGCCGUAACUCAUGUUGAUAUUGGGGUACCAAGUUUGAUUGCGUUGCAGCUUCUACCUCUUGUACCACUGGCCCUAAUCCGAAAAAUCUCCAAGUUAGGGCCUGUCGCCUUGCUUGCUGACGUCUUUAUUCUUGUUGGCCUCGUAUACAUCUGGCAAUUCGAUAUACGGACUUUAGCAACACACGGAAUGGCACCCACUGUACAACUGUUCAAUCCUUCGGCCUUCACAUUGACUAUAGGCUCUGCCAUCUUCACUUUCGAGGGUAUAGGUCUCAUCCUGCCUAUUCAGUCUAGCAUGAAGAAACCGGAACAGUUCGGUGGACUUCUUUACUUUGUGAUGCUGCUCAUUACAAUCGUUUUCACAUCGGUUGGUGCCCUUUGCUAUGCUACUUUCGGCGAAGACACGAAGAUUCAGGUCAUUUCAAAUUUUCCGCAGGACGCAGUGAUAGUCAAUGCGGUGCAAUUUCUUUACUCUCUCGCCGUCCUAGCAGGCGAACCUGUUCAGUUGUUUCCAGCCGUACGCAUCAUCGAAACGUCUUUAUUUGGGGAGAGGGCUACCGGCAAGAAGAGCAUUGCCAUCAAGUGGCAGAAGAAUGCGGCUCGGACCCUGGUAAUGGGUCUUUGUGUCGUCAUCAGCAUGGUCGGUGCCAGUGAUUUGGACAAGUUUGUCGCCUUAAUUGGAAGUUUUGCAUGUGUGCCACUUGUAUACAUUUACCCGGCGUAUCUACAUUAUAGGGGUGUUGCGGAAUCGCCGUGGGCAAAGACUUUGGAUCUGACAAUCAUGAUCGUAGGCUUGAUUGCCAUGCUUUACACAACAUCGGUCACCUCUGCUCAAUGGAUACAGGGCUAG